ACCUAUUUAAACAGUCCAACCCUAAAAUCUAGGGACAUGUCCCAUCGAUCCCUCUCGGCCGCCGCCACUGUGUUCCUCGGGAUCUCAUCCCGAUCCAAUCCACCAACCAGCGCUCCCCCAUGUCCCUCCUCGAUCCCCAUCACUCACAGCCACCAACAAAUCCAUCCAGUCACCAGGACGCUCGUCGGCGCAAGCUCCUCCCGUGCCCUUCCUGAGCCGAGCUCCAUCUUCCACGCCCUCGUCCGCGAGCACCUGAGGGCCUGCCUCCUCGUUGCCUCGCCCCUCCUCGAGACCCACCUCCGUCCCGAGCACCCGCAGAUGCUCCCGAGCUGGCCGGUCUCCGUCUUCCCGUUCGUGCGAGACGACGAGAUGCCCAGGUCACGCCGUCGUUCCCGCGCCACCCUCUUUUCCUCCCUUCUCCCCUGUUUUCUUUUCCCUCGCUCAUCGUUCUGUUUUUCUCUCUCCGAUCAGGAGGAAGCCGCAGCUCCAUUGGUGCCUCUGCCUUUGACCAACGCCGUCGUGCCCCGAGCCCUCGUCGGCGAGCUACCGUACCAGCAGCAGGUCCGGGCUGCCCCAUGCCUCCUCUUCCUUCCGUCUCCCCGUCUCCCUUUUCUUCUCCCAAGUCUCUUCCUCUCUGAAACUGCCGCGCCACCAUUUUUUCUUCAGGUACUAGCUCCGCCGUCCGCGACCUCUUCUCCGGCAAGAUCUGCUCUGUCGCUGCUGCACCGCGUCGCCUCCUCACCGCCCCAUGCGCUCCGGACCACCGCCGCCGCCAUGGAUGGCUGUGCCCCGCGCCCGAGCUCCGUUGGCCCCCGCCGUUGCCCGGAACCGAGGCCGGACGACUCGAUCCGCCCGUUCCGUCCGGUUCCCGCCGACCCCGUCGCCAGGGCCCCCUGCCGUCGUCUUCUCCAUUGCCAUGCUCCUGCUGCUGCUUCCGUUUCUUCAGAAACGAGAGCAGCAGCGGCUCGCCCGGUUUAGUCCCGAGCGUUGACCGCGCCUCCAGGCCCAGCGCGCCCCUUCGCGGCCUGCCUUGGCCUCCUCACCGACUGGGCCUAGCCCAUGGUGAGCAACCAGCAGCUCCCCUCCAGCCCAGUUUGCCUUAGAUCUGGCCCGUGAUGCUUUUUUCCCUGCCAGGACGUUUUUUUCUAAUUUCCAGAAAACUGUUGUUUUUCAAAAAACCUCUAGUGUUCAUGCAUCUAAUAGCUAAUUAAUCAUGCAUCAUAUGUAAAUAAUUUAUAUAUGAAAAGUGCUUAGAAAUCCAUCUAGUUUCAUAAUAUCCAACCUUCAUCCAUGUUACAAAUGUUUAAACUUGUUGUUUGUUUAAUUUUGCAUAAAUAGCAUGUUUAAAUGAUUUAUUUCAUAACUAAAUAACCGUAGCUCCAAAUUUAAUAAACUUUAUAUGUAAAUGGGGUGGAAAAAUGCAUAGAUUA